AUGGACAUGUUCCGUGUCUUUCUGGGAAAAAAGAUUGAGAACCCCGACAGUGACCUGUCCUUGGUUUCAAGCUGGGUCGACAACCUUAAGCAGGAAAAUGACAGCUUGGCUGCCGAGAAGAAGGCCGUUGAGAAGAAGGCGGGCAUCUUGACCGCGGCUGCACAGCCUUCGACGCUCUCGGAAAAGUACGGCAAAUGCCAGGAAAUUGUAGGCCGCGGUGCUUUUGGAAUUGUGCGCAUCUCUCACAAGAAGAUGGCCGACGGCCUCGGCGAGAAAUUGUAUGCUGUUAAGGAAUUCCGUCGCCGGCCCGAGGAGAAUGAGAAGAAGUACAGCAAGCGCCUGACAUCCGAAUUCUGCAUAUCUUCGAGCUUACGCCAUCCAAACGUCAUCCACACGCUGGAUCUCAUCAAGGAUGCGAAAGGCGAUUAUUGCGAGGUCAUGGAGUUCUGCGCAGGGGGUGAUUUAUACACUCUGGUCCUAGCUGCUGGCAAGUUGGAGGUGCAGGAGGCAGAUUGCUUCUUCAAACAGAUGAUGCGAGGCGUCGAGUACAUGCACGAGAUGGGUGUCGCCCAUAGGGAUCUCAAGCCCGAAAACCUGCUGCUCACGACACACGGAGGCCUCAAAAUCACUGACUUUGGCAAUGGCGAGUGCUUCCGCAUGGCGUGGGAGAGCGAUGCCCAUAUGGUCACUGGCCUCUGCGGGUCUGCCCCGUAUAUAGCUCCUGAAGAAUACGUCAGCAAGGAGUUCGAUGCACGAGCCGUCGAUGUGUGGGCUUGUGGCGUCAUCUACAUGGCCAUGCGUACCGGCCGUCAUCUGUGGCGUGUUGCAAGAAAGGAUGAAGACGAGUUUUAUGGCCGGUAUCUCGAUGGUCGUCGCGACGAAGAGGGCUACGGUCCUAUUGAAUCCCUUCACAGGGCUCGUUGCCGAAAUGUGAUCUACUCGAUUCUGGACCCCAACCCUUCUCGGCGUAUCACAGCCUCACAAGUGCUCAAGUCCGAGUGGGGCCGCGAGAUAAAGUUGUGCAAGGCUGGCGAGGAGGGACUCUGA